AUGACGAAGAACAAGUCAGGUGCAUCCAACUACCUGUGCAUGGCACCGAUCUUUAGCUCCUGCGUCUCCUCCUGCAAGCAGCAGCCGUCAAGCGACGCCGCCAGGAGCCGCCUGAGCUUCUCCUUCCCGGAGCGCCGGCAGCAGCAGCAGCAGCUGCAGCCGGCGGCGGCGACGGAGGAGCAGAGCAACUCGGAGAGCAUCAUCGACCCUGCCGCCUCGGUCAUCGCCAGGAAGGAGAAGCAGAAGGACGGCGGCAAGCACUGCACCGUCAUCGUGGGCACCAUCUUCGGCCGCCGCGCCGAAGGCGUCACCUUCUGCGUGCAGCGCGACGCCGCGGUGCCGCCGCCGUUCCUCUUCGAGCUCUCCGUGCCCAUGCAGUCCCUCGCUACUGAGAUGGGCUCCGGUCUCCUCCGCAUCGCGCUCGAGUGCCACCGCACUGGCACCGGUGGCACCGGCGGCGGCCAGAGCAGCCGGAACGUGUGGAAGGCGUCCUGCAACGGGCGCGACGUGGGGCACGCCGUGCGGCGGCGGCCGACGGAGUGGGACGGCCGCGUGCUGGAGAGCAUGCGCACCAUGACGACCGGCGUCGGCGCGCUCCCGCCCGCGGUGGCGCUGGAAGGGCCCAACGGUGAGGGAAACACGCAGCAGGACGGCGCCGGCAGCGGCGCCGGGGAGGUGCUGUACAUGCGAGCGACGUACGAGAGGGUCGUGGGCUCCAGGGACGCCGUGUCGUACCACCUCAUUAACCCCGGCGGCACCGGCGGCGGCAGCCCACCGCAGGAGCUUAGCGUCUUCUUGCUGCGGACCAGGGGUGGCUGA